UUUAGGGUUAUUUUUCUUGCCUGUGUUGCGGUGCUGUUUUCAGCAUGCCAAGACUUAUUAAAUGACAACUUUUUCGUUUUGUGCAGAGCCUACUUGCAUUCAUCGUACUAUUAAACUUAUCAAAUUAAUUAUAUUUUGGUGGUUGCUAGCUCGCAUGAUGGAAAAUCAAUAGUUUAGCUAACUUGCUUGGUAACGAUAAGCUAUUAUAGCUCAGUGGAUAGCUAGGUGUGUGCAAGUAGCAAGAAAGACUGUUCUACAUGACAUCUCUGAUCUUCUUAUGACCAACACUUACUAGCUAGCUUGCUCACAAGUUCAAUUUCACUAAUUUGUUUUACGGUUUAAAUUUGAACAACAUGGACAACCGAUGCUACGGCUGUGCUUCCAAGUUCACCCUCUUCAAAAAGGAGUUAGGGUGCAAGAACUGUGGACGUUCCUUCUGCUCCGGGUGUCUUAAUUUCAGUGCUUUGGUGCCUCGUUGUGGAAGCACCCAACAGAAGGUUUGCAAGCAAUGUCAUGGUAAUCUCACAAGUGGAGGCAAUAAGAACAAUGAUGCCAAAUGGUCCCCUCCUGAAAACUACAAGAAGCGAGUUGCGGCUCUGGAGGCAAAGCAGGGACAGCAGGGAACACCCCUUAGACCUGGGGCCAGCAAGAGUAGUACCACUGGACUCACAGGGACCAGAGGCUUGAGCAAAGAAGACCAGGCCAUCGCUGAGAGGCUGCAGAAGCUGAAGGAGGAUACUAAACCAAAGUCCAUACCAUCAGAGAAAGACAUUGAGUCACGAUUGGCUGCCCUGAAGGCUCCAACAAAGCCUGUGCCCUCUGCUCAAGAAAUGGAGGACCGUCUUGCUGUCUUACAAGGCAGACCCCAACCAUCACAGGCCCCACCAUCUUUCCAUCAGCCACCUGAUUCCCGUACGCAGACAGAGCAAGCCAGUGAUCUGUUACAACAGCUCUCUGAGGAAGUUGCUAUUGACAACCAGCAACAACCAGACUCAGAAGGUUUGGACGGCCCGAUGAAUGACCUGAACAAGACGGAGGGGGGUGGGUUAGAGGAGAACCUGGACGAUCCGCAGCAGGCUGCCAAGCAGCUGGAGGCGGAGAAGAGCCGUCUGCUGGCGGAGGCCAUGGAGGAGCUGAAGCAGGACCACUUCGGUCAGGAGCAAGUGCUGCAGAUGGCCAAGAGGCUGGCCCAACUGAAGGGGCAGGACCCUGACAAGGUUACCAUGGAGGAUGUCCAGCGUCCAGACAGUGAAGAGGAGUCUGAGGAGGAGGCAAUGAAGAGACUGCUGAAACAGCUGUCUGAAGAAGCCGUGUUGGAUGAGGCCUCUGGGUACAAUAUACUGCCACAACGCAGUGGUCCCCUGAACACAGAAGAGUCAGCUUCUCACAAGACGAAGUGUUCCAGGGUGAGUAAGAGACCUGCCGCGGCGGCCGCUGUGGCCCGGGUUCAGGACUCCGACAGCGGGGACGAGGAGGAGCUGCCCUGGUGCUGCAUCUGUAACCAUGACGCCACGAUCCGCUGCCACACCUGCGAUGGCGACCUCUACUGCCAGCGCUGUUUCAGGGAAGGCCACGAUAAGUUUGACAGAAAGGAGCACCGCACAGCCAGCUACCAGGCGCCACGGAAACAGAAGAAGAAGACGUGAAUUAUGUCAGCGGCUGACGUUGCGCUCGGCGGGUUGCCUUUGAGAGAUGGACCGCAGGAAGGGCUGAAUGUAUUGUCUCUGAAAUGUUGCUGCGUCACUGCGGUGCUGUACAUCAGACCCAGACAGCCUAUCUGCAGCAGCCAGAAGGGGGGGAUCCUUAGAACAUCAUUAAUCUAGUACAAUAUACGCACUACAGCAGGGGCUUCCCAUCCCUGUUCCUGGAGAUCUGCCCUGCUGUAUAGGUUUUCAUUUCAACCCUAUUGUGGCACACCUGAUUCCACUAAUUAGCAGCUCAAUGAGAUGUGUAGCUGUUGAAUGAGCUGUGCUUGGUUACGGUUGGAGUGAAAACUUACAGGACGGUAGAUCUCCAGAAACAGAUAGUGUCAAAGGUAUCAUAGUCAUUAUUGGUGGUUGCAGCUUUGAAGGCUCAGAUUAAUCAGAUCGUGUAUCUUGACAGGAUGGAAUUUUGUGUUCAAAUGGAAAUAUCAGUUUGGUCUAUGAUAAAAGUUUUUAAUGUUAACCAAUGAUUAUCAGUAAGUAUCCUAAUUCUAAUUCUGUAAUCUUGAAUCUAUGUAGAGUUUAUGUAAAUAAUGCACACACAAUGUUUAACAUAACAGAAUUGUAGCAUGGAGAGAGAAAAAUUAAUUCAAGAUGGUGAUUAGGUUAUAAAAAAUGCUUUUAUUCAUAAUAUUGUAUGUGUGUGAAUGAAAAUUAAAUUAACUGGAGAAAACA